CACUCACUUUCAUUGUAAUUUUUAGAGUGAUUGUAUCCGCCCUGUAUUAAUCGUCGUUAACUUUUUGUUUAUUGGUCGUGCAAAGAGCAAGCGGGCGACAUAUAUGAAAACUCAACAUUUGCUGCAUGUCAUAUUCGGAUUUACCGAUCAACAUUAUGGAUACGUGUGUGAAUACUCACGAGCGAUGCGAGUACUUGGCUUCUAUCGGAAAAUGUGUCAAAAAUCCAAAAAGGAUGCUAGCUACCUGCAAGAUGGCUUGUGGUUUGUGUCAUUUAACGACAAAAAAAGAAAUACAGAUAUCAACGAAAUUACCUGAACCAUCUUCGCUGACCAUAACGACACCAAUGACAUCACCAGCAUUAACGAGUCGGCCGACAACAUACAUCAACGGUACAGCGACAGCAGAAGUUGACCGUUCCAUAAAUGGUUCGGAUUAUGUAACGCGCACCACAUUUGGAUCUAAACCAAUAGAGAAAACUGGAAUGGAUCUAGCGAUGGUUAUUCCUCUUCUAUGUACCUGUGUUGUUGCGGUUGUGUGUGUGGUUGCCAUCGUUGUGGUCGGUGUGAUAGUAAGACGCAGAAAAAGCCGACGAGCAAAACAAUCGAGACAGGAACAAAACCGAGUCGAUCAGGACACGAAAAAAAUGGUUGAGCAGGAUAAACUUAUAUAUGAUGAGGUUCAUGAAUAUUUAGCUCCGGACAGAUGUAAUACCGUCAGAGAAGACUCCUUAUCAAAUCGAAUGAACAAUGAACUUUCCCUCUCGACGUCUGACGUAAUCGAUUAUGCGACCUUUUGUGGAGUGAGUGUGGAAGAAGAGAGCAUCUACCUAACUCCUAUAUCUGAAUACGAUAUCACAUGGGGCCCUGUUGGUGAACCAAUCCAUGCAGCUCACUAUGAUAGGCAUAUAUGCCAAGCACCAAACCAGGAUCAUAUGGAUCAAUGCUAACUUCUCUUACAGAUGAACGUAAUUUUGCAGUCUGAAUAAUCACAAACAUAAACGGUAUUUAAAGUAUUGGUGGGAUUUGUACACAUGAUGCAUUAUGCGUUUUUUCUUCAGGAGUAUGCCUGUUGUCUUACGACACUUGUAUAUAUGUUGUGCGUGAAAACUGUUGUGUAUUUAGCAUAAUACACUUUAUGUUGCACUUGCUUGAUAUGUUGUAUCUUUGUAUUGUUUGUAUAUAGUCUGACAUAUUUGUACAUAUGUUCCUUUUGUGUGUAACGUUUGUCGUGUUUAAUCUGAAUAUAACGUCUGUCUGUGUAUAUUAGAAUCAAUAAGACCAGUGUUGUUUGCAUUUUAAAUAACAUAAAGGUUGUCAAAGGCGACUUGUUGUUUUUGUCCGGAUAAACACUACAUGUAUAUACAUGGUUUGCGUACAACGAGUUAUACCCCACGCAUUUAAAUAUCUAUUUAUCUCUUAUCGCCAUCUGAAUUUUCCUCCAAGACACGUCUUCUAUAAAGACUGUUGGCAUGGAACUGAACACUGAUUUUGGCCUUUAAUAUCUGCUCGGAAUCCCAUACUUACAUUUGCUUUUAGAAGGAAUCAUUAACAGUUUUUGGUAUUUUUUAAGUGUGUCAGUAAAUGCAUUAAGAUGGUUUAUUUUAACAAUAAAACUGUAGAGCUCCAUUCUUUUAACAAUGAUACAAUUUGAGAAACAGACAGACAAGACAGUUUCCGACGGGGCUCGAACGAGUUUCUUUUGGAAUAAAAAUCUUAUGCCUUAACCACUCGGCCAUAUGGACUAUCAUACGUUACAAGUCAGUAUAUACCUGAUAUAAGUGAUCCACGUGUUAUCAACUGUGAACGGAAACCACAUUCCAAAUUAUAAAAUCGUUUCGUGUUUGUAACGCUUUAUACGUCUAUGAAUUUCAUACGAUUUUAUUUCACCAAUAAAGCUUUA